CCGAGCGCCGGGCGAGGAGCGACCCCAGGCAGAGCCUUCGGAGUCCCUCCUCCGCGGCCCCCCCCCGCUUGGUCUCGGAGCCUCAGUCCUACUCGCCGCCCUCCUCGUGGCCAUGGAGUGUCCGCACCUGAGCUCCAGCGUCUGCAUCGCCCCGGACUCAGCCAAGUUCCCCAACGGCUCCCCGUCGUCCUGGUGCUGCAGCGUGUGCCGGUCCAACAAAAGCCCCUGGGUCUGUUUGACUUGUUCAAGUGUCCACUGUGGAAGGUAUGUGAAUGGCCAUGCAAAAAAACAUUAUGAAGAUGCACAAAUACCCUUAACCAACCAUAAGAAAUCAGAAAAGCAAGAAAAAGCUCAGCACACAGUGUGUAUGGAUUGCAGUAGCUACAGUACAUACUGUUAUCGCUGUGAUGAUUUUGUGAUUAAUGACAACAAGCUGGGACUGGUACAGAAGGUCAGAGAACACUUACAGAACUUGGAAAACUCAGCUUUCACAGCUGACAGGCACAGGAAAAGAAAACUUUUGGAAAACUCAUCACUGAACAGCAAGUUACUAAAAGUAAAUGGAAGCACCACUGCCAUUUGUGCCACAGGCCUUCGGAAUUUGGGGAACACGUGUUUCAUGAACGCCAUCCUUCAGUCACUCAGUAACAUUGAGCAGUUUUGCUGUUAUUUCAAAGAGCUGCCUGCUGUGGAGUUAAGGAAUGGGAAGACAGCAGGAAGGCGAACGUACCAUACCAGGAGCCAGGGGGACAACAACGUGUCUUUGGUGGAAGAGUUUAGAAAGACACUCUGUGCAUUAUGGCAAGGUAGCCAGACUGCAUUUAGCCCAGAGUCCUUAUUUUAUGUUGUUUGGAAGAUUAUGCCGAAUUUUAGGGGCUAUCAGCAGCAGGACGCUCAUGAGUUCAUGCGCUACCUGUUAGACCACCUGCACUUGGAACUCCAGGGCGGUUUCAACGGUAUUUCCCGCUCAUCAAUUCUGCAAGAGAAUUCUACUCUGUCUGCAAGUAACAAAUGUUGCAUAAAUGGAGCAUCUACAGUUGUCACGGCUAUAUUCGGAGGCAUUCUCCAAAAUGAGGUUAACUGCCUCAUAUGUGGGACAGAAUCUAGAAAGUUUGAUCCAUUCCUAGACCUUUCAUUAGAUAUUCCAAGUCAGUUCAGAAAUAAGCGCUCUAAGAAUCAAGAAAAUGGACCAGUUUGUUCAUUACGAGAUUGUCUUCGCAGUUUUACUGACUUAGAAGAACUUGAUGAGACAGAGUUAUAUAUGUGCCACAAGUGCAAGAAGAAACAAAAGUCCACUAAAAAGUUUUGGAUUCAGAAACUACCCAAGGUGCUAUGCUUACAUUUGAAAAGAUUUCAUUGGACAGCAUAUUUAAGAAACAAAGUUGAUACAUAUGUAGAAUUUCCCCUGAGAGGCCUAGACAUGAAAUGCUACUUACUAGAGCCUGAGAACAGCGGCCCGGAGAACUGCCUCUAUGACCUUGCUGCUGUGGUGGUGCACCAUGGUUCCGGGGUCGGUUCUGGACAUUACACAGCAUAUGCAACUCAUGAAGGUCGCUGGUUCCAUUUCAAUGACAGUACUGUAACACUGACUGAUGAAGACACCGUUGUGAAGGCCAAGGCCUACAUCCUUUUUUAUGUGGAACGCCAGGCCAAAGCUGGGUCGGAAAAACUUUAAUACCUCCUCCAAAUCAUUAUUCGUCAACUAUACCGGACAAACAUUUCCAAUUUUCCAUAAAUACUUGAUCCAAGAUUUAACUUCAUUAUGCACUUUUCAGUUUCCUAUUUUGGGUUUAGUUUUAUUUUGUCAAUGGUAGUGACUUACUGAACAUGGGCACCAACUAAUUUUUUUUUUUUAGUUCUACCAGAAAACCUCAGCAGAUAUUUUGAUUUGCUGCUUUAGUUGUAAUAAUUCAGUUUUUAUAUGUAGUUUCAAGAACUUAGUUCUAUUUGACUUUUUUAUAUUAAUGUUCAGGUCUCACUUUGAGGCACAUUUACAUCAAUGCAUUGUUACUCUCACAUGCUGAAAGGAAGAGAUGUUCCUGAUCGUGAAGAGCAACGUAACCACCUGCUUGCUGCCUUCUCACAGCUGUUAACGGAGAUCAGGUUGGCUCAAAAUCAAGGAUCAUGUGUACACGUAAUUUGUGGCCCACAAGAUUUCAGUGACUGCUCAGUAAUCAUUCUUUUUGCUUGUAAAAGAUAACUGAAAGGGCAUCAUUAAGUAGACCAGGUAAUUGCUGCUCUUCGUAUCUCUCAAAGCUGCUGUUUAUCAGCACUAACUAAAUUUGUUGGUUCAGUUGUAACUAUAUUGCAAAUUCAAGAAUUACUUUUUUUUUGGUUUUGGGGUAUUUUCAUAGAGAUAGGGGUACUGAAAACUCCCGGUAAGGCCAAAUACACUUAAGUGUUUAAAAAAUUCCAUGACUCGGCUACAUGUUAUCCAGGUGUUAUUUAUCCACUGCCAUGAAACCGUAGCUUCUGUUCACCUUUUUGAGUCAGCACCUAAUUCCCCGUUAGUUGUAGCACUGGGAUUAACUGCAUGUCCGCUGUAGUCUUACUUACUUGGUCACCUGAGGUUGAGAUGCUACCCUCCAGAGUUGAUUCUGACCAUUACCUAAACGUCGGGUAAUACUGUGGGGUCUGCUUCCACAGAAGGAAACUAAAGUCUUUACUAGUCUAAGUUUUAACAGUUCUCAUUGGCCUAUCCUCAUAGCAGAGCAAUUGAAAAUAUUUUCACUUUGAAUAGUGGAGUUUCUAUUCUUGAGGUUAGUAGUCUGUUUUAAAAUUUUCAAGAAAAAUAGGCACCAGCACUAUUUAGAUUUAACUCAAACUGAAAUCUGGAACCAGAAUCCCAUCUAAUAAAGGUAACUGUGCUUUCUGCAAGUGCUCCAAGCCAGCCUGUGGAUCUUGGGGUGCUGGUGGCAUGAUGUGCAAAUUAGUGAGAGAAAAGGAAGGAGCUCCAGCUAGGCCUGUGGGAUAGGACCAUGCACAUUUUCAUGUUCAUUCCUUGUCCCAAUCAUUAUUUUCCUCCCUUCUCAAUUCUCCACAAGUUGUUACAAGGGGCAGAAUGUACUUCCUGUUAAGCCAGCCAACCGGACUUUUUGCUAUUCUUGUUUUUCUGUUAAAAGAAAAAAAUAGUCCAGAUAAUUUAAGUGUAUGAAUGUAAAAGAAAGUUGGGUGGCUCUCCUCCUAGGUCGGAUAUUUGCAGUUGCAGAUGUGCUCCAUUUCCACUUUAACAUUAACCGGAUAAAUCCCACAUUUUCUCAGAGCAGAACACAUCUGCUAUAUACUUUGACUAGGAGCAAAUUACGUCUAAACUUGUACUGUCCAGCACAGCAGUCACUGGCCACAUAUGGUUAGUUAAAUGUUAAUUUUAAUUAAAAAUAAAUUAAAAAUUAAGUUCUCCAGUCACACUGGCCACAUUUCAAAUGCUCAGCAGCCACGCGUGGCACAGGACCACCCAGGUCUGGGACAGUUCCACCUGUGUGCAGAACCCUCUCAGACAGCGCUGGUCUGCACUUUCACUCCAGAGAAAAAAGCUCUGCCAUCGUGUUUAAGUCUUACAACUUAGCAACAGAGGGCCCAGAAUUAAGAGGGAAACAUGUAUUUAAAGCAGUUCACAAUGUUCAAUUACACAGGUCGAGCCAUGUGAAAUUCUAUUUGACUGUUUUUGAUCUACAAAAAUGACAGUUCCACAUAAUUUGAUCUACUGUAUCAGUGCAUUAACAUCACAUGUCAUUGAACUUGAAACGUGUAUCUCCCUUGAUCUCGCUCCUAUGAAUCCAGGCUCU